CUGGUAAACACACGUAAACAGCUGCUCGCUGCAUGCGCGCGCUAUGCUUGAGAAAGAGCGAAAAUUUCUUGAAAUUAUUCGAAUCAGAUGUGAUCAGAUAUUUGUGUCAGUAGCAUAUCAGGCUAUUUAUCUAGCGCUUGAACUGCCUUAGAUCGUCGUGAUGUGAGUACGUUCGCUACUUGCCAAUCGUUAAAUGCGCGUAGACCGUUGAGGUGUCAACUGUAAAACCAAAAGAUCGUCGACCGUAAUACGGAAAUGGCAAUGGAGAUCGACAGCGAGCAAUUACAUCCGCAAUGCAUCAAAUUACCGCCCGCCGUCGAAGUCUUUGCUAAUUUAAAAAAUGCACAAAUAUUCGCCAUAGACAUUGGCUUGUCGUUAACCAAAAUUGCCUAUUAUUCAACAGUUAGUUAUCGUAAGGCGCUUUAUGAAGAUGCAGAAGGUUUGGGAAAUAGCGGAGAACGAGCAUAUAAAGUAUUUGAGGGUAAUAGACUGCACUUUGUUAAGUUUGAGACAAGAUAUAUUGAGAGCUGCUUAGACUUUGUCAAGAAGAAUUUAGUAGAUGUUGACCGAUUUCAUGGCAAAAGUAUUAAAGUAACAGGAGGUGGAGCAUACAAAUAUACCCCAUUGCUACAAGACAAAUUAGGAUUAUUAGUCGACAAGGAAGAUGAGAUAGAUUGUCUGAUAAAGGGUUGCAAUUUCUUACUUAAAAAUAUACCGUGUGAAGCAUUUGAAUAUCAUCGGCAUGCAAAUCCAGAAUAUAAAUUUCAAAAAGCUGGACCUAAUAUAUUUCCAUACUUGCUAGUUAACAUCGGUAGUGGCGUCAGUAUUCUUAAAGUAGAAUCAGAUGAAAUAUUUGAAAGAGUUGGAGGUACAGCAACAGGAGGAGGUACAUUUUGGGGAUUAGGGUCACUACUUACAAAAAGAAAGGGCUUUGAUGAAUUGCUGCAACUUGCAGAACGAGGGGAUCACCGUAAUGUAGAUAUGUUAGUGAAAGAUAUUUAUGGGGGCGAUUAUUCCUCCCAAGGUUUACCAGGAGAGCUUAUUGCAUCAUCUUUUGGCAAGGCAGUGGCUUGUGGACAGCCAAAAUUUUCUGAAGCUGACCUUGCAAGGAGUUUAUUGCUUACUAUUAGCAAUGACAUUGGACACAUAGCUAGCUUAUAUGCAACGGUGCACAAAAUGGACAAAGUAUACUUCGGUGGUUAUUUUCUACGUAACCAUCCGCUAUCAAUGCAUACCAUCUCAUACUCCAUUAAAUAUUGGUCCCAUGGUAAGGUAAAGCCUCUCUUUCUUCGCCAUGAAGGUUACCUUGGCGCAAUCGGAGCAUAUUUAUUCGGCACUGAACAAUCAGACAAGUACAGCUGGUUGGAAAAUUAUGCCGGAUCAUCAGGUUUUAAGGAUUCUGUGUCGACCGAUCUCGGAAUUGAAGUUGAUCAGUUGGAAAUUGAUCAAGCAGAAUAUGCUGUUACAUUCUGUCCACUAUUGAAAGAUCCUGUAUCUUAUAAUCCUGACACUACAGAUCUUGCUCAAGAUAAAGAAGCUAGAGAUUAUUGGUUACAAUGUUUUGAAGAAUCUGUGGAUAAAUUUGUGUCGAGAGCUAUUCAUAGUCAACCACACAGUCCAACAGCAAAGGAUAGAGGAUCGAAACUUAAAGAGAAGUACAUUAACAGAUUACACUACCUCCAAGCACAACCGUUUGCAUAUGGGGCGCUCACAGUUAGAAUAUUACUGGAUACCAUUGAACACUGUAUGAAAGAAUUCGAUUUUCCAGAUCCAUACUUGCAUCAAAAGAGAAGAGAGAACGAAGAAGCAUUGAAGCAUUUACAUGAUCGAAUAACAGCUCUAGAUAAGUUGGAAGGCACAGAGAAGAUAAAAGCUCUGAUUCUUGGCGUUCUCAGUGGCAAUAUAUUUGAUUGGGGUGCAAAAGAUGUUGCAAAACUAUUGGAAACCGAUGAUUUUGGUUUCGAAGAAGCUCAAACAAAAAUUCCAGGUAGACCAUGGCUAGAGGAUAAUUUAGAUGAUUGGAUACAAAGAUUACAAACUGGGCCACCUCAUAAAUGUGCCGCUAUUUUUAUCGAUAACAGCGGUGUAGAUAUUAUUCUUGGAAUUUUGCCAUUUGCACGAGAUUUGUUACAACGAGGAACUAAAGUAUUAUUGUGCGCUAAUUCUUUACCAGCUUUGAAUGAUGUAACAUAUCCCGAAUUGGUCGUAACAUUACGGGAUGCCGCGAAAGUUUGUAAUGUUAUUAAACAGGCUCUAGAAGAUAAUAUGCUUAUUGCGAUGGAAACCGCGCAAGCAGGUCCUUGUUUGGACUUGAGUCGUUUAAAUUUGGAUCUAUGUCUUGCAAUGGUGAAGCACAAUGUAGACCUUAUAGUCAUCGAGGGAAUGGGUAGAACUUUACAUACGAAUUUUCACGCUAAAAUGAAGUGUGAGUGUCUGAAAUUAGCAGUUAUAAAAAAUCGAUGGUUGGCAAUUCGUUUGGGUGGCGAUAUGUAUGCUGUGAUAUGCAAAUACGAACAACCGCCACCAAAUUUUACCCCAACCAAAAUUUACGACAUUGGAAUAAAACCGGAGGCAGCAAAAGACGAUUGCCUAUCGAAAUGUACAGGACAAGCAACGGAACUUUGCAAAUGCGACAAUUCUAGCGAUAGAAAUACUAGUGAAGUAUCCGUAUAAAAUAAGCAAUAUUAUUUGUAGAUUAAAUGUCAGUGAUAAAAAAGAAGAAAAAAGGCAGUCAUGUGCGAAUACGCUUAAAUUAUAGAAACGUGAUUGAUCUGCACUGUCACGAAACAAACAUACAGAAAUAUCAUGUGAUUUGUCAGAUAAUCAUAAUCGUAAUAUAAAAAAUUAUUAAAAUAAUUAUAUUAAAUAAUUAAAUUGCCAUUUAACCAAAUUUGUUUUUUACAUUAUUUACGUCAUUUUUAUAUUGAUACUAUCAGCGAUUACCGUAUGUUUGUUUCAGUUUGUAUUAUUAACUUGUAUUGGCAAGUCGUUAUCAUAUUGUUAGUUUUCUCACAUUUUUUCUCAUAUUUUUAAAAAAUCUCGUAUUAAUAUUUUUAUCCUGCCUUCCAAGUUUCAAUUUUUGAAAUCUAAGUUUUAUGUGAAAAACAAAAUUUUAUAAACUUAUUAACUAUAUGAACUAAGUAAGAGCAUCACUUUUUUACUAUUGAGAUAUUUAUACAUGUUGAAUAAAAUUAGCCAAGUUUCUGAACAGAACAAUCAUAAGAUGUUCUAUGUUUAUAUAAAAUUGUCAUAAUUUUUUCAUCUAGGGGUUAACAAUUUCUAAUCUAAUUCAUUGACUUGAAUGAAUUGAAUUCACUGAUUCAAUUUUCUAAUUUAAUCCAACUGAUCUAAACUUUAAACGUCCACUUAUUAAGUUUAUUUCAUCUUUCACGAAAAUUUGAGAAAUAUUAAUAUCAAUGUAUGUAAACAAAUUUAUCUAAAUUUAAUGCUGAGAUAUAAUUAGACUACAUUAAUGAUUGAUUAAAGACAAUAAAACUAUUUCAUAUAUAAUUUGUAAUUGCUACAAUUAUUAUACAAUUUUUUACUCAUAAGAAAUAUAUGUAUUGCAUAUAUGCAGUAUAUACAGAUAUAAAAUACUGCAUAGUAUAUUUCCUGUGAUACUACUAUUUGUAAAACAAGUUUAAUAUUGCGAAUACUCCUCCAGAAGACUAUAAUUUUUUUAGAGUUCUAAUUAUAAUAAUGCCAGAUAUUUCAUACUGUAUAGUUACAAAUAUUACGUUAAUUUUCUUUUUUAUUAUCUAUUACUAUGGAAAAGCCAAAAAGAAAAUUAUUAUUUUAUAAAUAUAACG